UCGCUGAAGCUAUUUCCAUGUACUGAGAACCCACCCUUUGCGGAUUUCAUAAGUAAACUUUAUAAUCGCCGCGACACGUUAUGUUAUCGACUGCAUUCUUAGCUGUAUAUACGCGUUGAUAAACUUACCGCAAGGCCUGGCAUUCGCCAUGGGCUACGACUAUGCCCUCGUACAUCUCAAAUACACUAUACCGCCGGCUUGUCUUCUCACUUUCAUUUUGAAGCCGCUUCUUACAAGGCUUGACUUGUAUAAAACAUUUACAUUGAUACUGGUUGCUUUUUUUGCGACGCUCCCUUGGGAUUCGUAUCUAAUACGUAAUGGCAUUUGGACAUACCCCCCUGACGCGAUAGCCGGGCCGCGUCUCUUCAAGAUCCCAGUCGAAGAAUUAUUCUUCUUCGUUGUGCAGACUUAUAUCACGUCUAUGCUAUACAUCUUGCUCAGCAAGCCUGUUCUCCACGCUCAAUUCCUUACGAGUAAAGAUGACUCUUCACUCAAGUCCCGACGCAUACGAACGGCGGGCCAAGUUCUCCUGAUAGGAUGUGUCAUCGCUGGCAUUUCACUUGUCAAAGAUGGAGGCCAGGGGACAUACCUUGGCCUCAUCUUAAUAUGGGCAUGCCCCGUCGCACUUCUUACAUGGUCAUUUUCAGGCUAUUUCUUGAUUAGACUGCCUCCUGCUUGCGUUGUAGUUCCAAUCGUCUUACCCACCGUGUAUUUGUGGAUUGUAGACGAGUUCGCCCUAGGACGCGGAACGUGGGCUAUUGAGUCCGGAACAAAACUCGGCUGGUGCCUAUGGGGAAGCCUAGAGUUGGAAGAAGCCGUGUUCUUCCUCUUUACCAAUGCCUUAAUUGUGUUCGGCCUGAUCGCCUUCGAUAGGGGACUGGCGGUUCUAUACGCUUUUCCGGAAAUAUUCCCCGUUGUACCAUAUAUGCCUCCUCCAAGUCUCCUCGCCAAAGCUGUCCUACUUGAUCCUGUAAAAUAUGACAUGGCAAGGAUAAAAGGUAUCAGGGAGGCCGUUCAGACACUGCGGCGAAAGAGCAGGAGCUUCUACUUGGCUAGCUCGGUUUUCCCUGGUCGUCUUCGCAUUGAUCUCGUUCUUCUAUACUCUUUCUGUAGAGUAGCAGAUGAUCUGAUGGACGAAGCCCAUGGGGAGAGCGAAGCCACACUAUGGAUUAAAAAGUUGACUGGCUACCUUGAUCACGUUUACGGUUCGGAUAGCCAACUCCCAUCUUCGAUUGAUGUUAUUAAUGAUUUUGUGGGGGAAAACUUCCCGGGGCCGGCAAGGUCUGCGCUGAUACUCUUGCCAACGAAGCUUCUCCCAAGCAAGCCAUUUUAUGAGCUCUUAGAAGGAUUCAAGAUGGACCUCUGCUUUAGCGGGACCAACACUCGUCAUCGAACUAGACAGUUUCCUAUUCAAGACGAAGGAGACCUCGAACUUUACGCGCACCGUGUCGCAAGUACUGUUGGGGAAUUAUGUUUAAGACUCGUAUUCCAUCACAGCACCACGAAACUUCCAAGCGACAAGGAAUCUAUUCUUGUAUUUGCUGCUCGGACGAUGGGGCAUGCAUUGCAAUACGUCAAUAUUGCUCGUGAUAUCUCGGUAGACGGCGAAAUCGGCCGGGUUUACCUGCCCUCAGAUUGGCUCAAGCAGGAGGAUUUGACACCUCAUGAUGUUAUCAAAGACCCAACACAGCCAAAAGUAGAAAUGUUCAGACAUAAGUUACUCGAUUGGGCGUUUAAGGAGUAUGGACGAUCACGAGAUAUCAUGAACAUGCUUCCCUACGAUGUCCGCGGUCCUUUGAUUGUAGCUGUUGAGAGCUACAUGGAAAUAGGCCGGGUUUUACGAGAAAGAACCGGCGUCCCUUCGGAAACUCAUAAGGGGCGGGCAACGGUUCCUCGAUCAAGACGGAUAUGGGUUGCAUGGAAGAACUUGUCUACUGUAUGAACUUUUUUUUUGUAAGAUUUGGCUAAAUGUUUCUAUUUAAUCGGUAAUUAGGCAUGAGGAGUAAUUUAUCAUUUGGGUUGGAUAGCACCGCGAUAAUAUGUAUAUGUAGAAUAAUAGCGUAGAUACACGCCAUACCUCUUCCGAAUUCCAGGUUCUGGUGUGAGGAUACUACUCAUGAUACUGGAAGCUAUAAACAUAUUUCACAAUUUCCGCGGCAACUUUAUGAGAGAUUCGAAAUCAAAGUAUAGUCUUCUUGCUGAUUCGUAUGAAAUAUGAACAUUAUCUCAUGUCGGUUUGAAUAGCAAAGUUACUCUCCGUUCAUACUAGUUUAGGUACCUAGGUACCUAAGUUAGCCGGACUCAUCAAAGUUUCUGUUCCAUCUCAUCGACUCGCGCCGAAACUCAAAACUUCCAAUCGCAUGUUAGAUAGGUCGUAGGUCGUACGAAAACAAGGUAACAACAUAUUUAUCGAUUACGCUAGGAAAUAAUGUCUCUCGCGCUUUAAUGAUGAAUCAUUA